AUGGCUCGACCUCCCGUGACUUCGGCGGAGCUCGAGUGCAUGGCUGGGAUGGACUCUCUGGAACAGCAGAAAGCUUUGGAGCCUGGGCAAACUUGGCGCGAGGGGUGGUACUACCCAGUCUCGCGGGUGUGGCCCAUGGGCUUCAGCUGGUCUUCUUUCGUCGCGCAGGAGGAGCUGCUGGGGCUGUGCAACGACGCGCAGUUGACAGAGCAGCAAGUGUUGUCCUGCGACACCGCCACGCCCGAAACCUUUGACCUCGUCUUCGGUGCGGCGACGGACGAUGUGAUGAUAUUCAGCACAGCAGGUUCUGGUGUGACUUCUGGUGCUGCCUCACGCUUGGACGCGGCCAUGGAGUGUCGUGGGAUUGUUCGAAAUACAGCCAAGGACGUCAAUGACAGCUUGGAUGCAACUUGUGUCGGAGUGAACCUUGAGCAGGGCUGUUUUCUCGCCAUGCCGCCGGCCCGCUGCCUAGCAGUAGCUGUGGCGGUUCUACACGUACUGAGCACCCAGGCAGUGUCACCGAAGCAGUUGCACCAACUGCUCGGAGUGAUGCAGUGGUUCGAUCUGUUGAGAAGGCCCAAGCUGUCCGUCUACAGUAGCGUGUAUGAUUUCGUUCGGCAUCCCAAAGAUACUUCGGUGCGACGUGUUCCCUCUCGCGUUUGCGCGGAGAUGGCUGCCAGCUUCCUGCUUGGUGUGUACUGGCUUACAGACUUGACGAGGCCGUUCCUGCCCCUGCUCUCGGCGACCGAUGCCAGCACUGAGUUUGGUCUGGGGGCAUCUGUGGCCAGAGUUACUUCCGCAGAGGCCCGUCGUAUCGCACGGUACGCGGAAAAGCAGGGAGACUUUGUGGUUCUGGACGGUGGAACCCUACAUGGCGCAGCCGCGAGGCGCCUCGGCAAGGCGCACAAGCUGCAAAUUUCCAUGCGGGAUUUCGUUGACGUGUUCAGCGUCCGUGCAAAACACAAAGCACACAUCAAUGUUCUCGAAGGCGAAGCUUUUGUCCUGUGGCUGCGGUGGCUGCUCAGAACGAGACGACAUCAUGCUACAAGAGUCGUGGUGCUUGUGGAUUCUGCAGUGUGGGUCGGGGCUGCCUCAAAAGGCCGGUCGUCUACACAGCUGAACCGUGUGCUGCGGCGUGCUGCUGCCCUGGAGAUGAUGGGGGAUUUACACGUACACCUGGUGCUGGUUCCCUCUGGUGAAAAUCCUUCCGAUUCUCCUUCACGCGGCCUGCGCCGACGCAAAAGCAAAGCGGCAACUUGA